AUGGAGGAUUAUGAGACGGUGGUGCUCAUUGAAGAGUGUAGCGCCAUUCUGCAAAGGAAGCUUCCUCAGAAACUGAGAGAUCCUGGGAGUUUCACAAUACCCUGCACUAUUGGGAAUUUUGAGAGCAUGAAAGCUCUAUGUGAUUUGGGGGCGAGCAUUAAUCUAAUGUCGCUUUCUGUGUUCAGAAGAUUGAAGCUUGGGGAAGCAAGACUUACAACAGUGACUCUUCAGUUGGCAGGCAGAUCAAUAGCACAUCCUCGGGGUAUUAUUGAAGAUAUUUUGGUAAAAGUGGACAAGUUCAUCUUCCCAGCAGACUUUAUUGUACUUGAUAUGGAGGAGGAUGCCAACGUCCCAAUCAUUCUUGGAAGUUCAUUCUUAGCCACAGGACGAGCUUUAAUCAACUUUGAAGGUUUCGAUGAAAUUGGGGAUAAUUUCAAUAUUCUCAACAGUAGAAGGGAAUUCUCCUCAUAUGACACGAUGGCUCUCAAGGAUGCAAGGGGUGGACUUGACCCAAGUUGA